AUAUUGCUAAUGAAUAUAAAGAACCUUAUUUAAUUUCUCGAUCUCGUUUAUAUUCUAACGAAAUUAGCGAUGAAGCUAUUAGAAAUCUUUUUACCAGCUGGGAUGAAUUAUUAUCAUCAUCGUCAUCGUCCCCAGUGCAUUUAUCUCAUGUGUUUAAUGAUUCUCAAUUUCAUAAUUAUUCCAGUGAUGCUUUCGAAAGUUUAAAUACGUCUGUUAGAAAAUCACGGGAUAUUGUAAAUACAAUAAGUUUAUCCAGUAGUAGUAGUAAUAAUAAUACUGCUGCAUGGCGAUGCAUUAAUUUAGCUAAGCAUUUAACCUGUGCUAUAUCUUAUCCUCGAUGUGAACUUACUGACUUGGAUAGAAAAUCAACAUCUGUAAUUGAGUAUCCUGAAACAUUGUCUCGCCGUUACAGGUCUAUUUUGCUUUUCCUCGUUAAACAUGUUGAAUAAUUCAGCUUUGGAUAGGCUUCUUGACAUAAUUCCUCAGAAUGAAUCUUCUAUGACUUCUAAUUUAAUGAAAACAGGUUGGUCAGAACUGAUCAACGUACCAGAAGCUAAAAAUCAAAGUCUUCCACUGAGUUUCUUCGACUCUGAAGUCGAUGGGACAUCAAAUCCCUUUUACAUUUGUUCAUCUUACAACAGUUAUAUUAUGUCUGUUGAACCAUCUACAAAAUCUGUUUGUACUCGUUUACCCAUUGAAAAUAAAAAUCCAACAAAUUUCAAUGAAGAAAGUAAGAAAACUCCUGUUGAAGAAAAUUUUGAUUGUAUCAACGGGAACGGGGAAAAUUACAGAGGUUCUGCUACAAUGCCAGAAUGUAAACCAUGGUCUAAUCUGUUUGUUCUCGACGAUAAUAUACAAAAUUUACAACCUGGUAUUUGGCCAGGUUUUUACAGUCUAAACAGUUUCACUUUUCCUAGAAGUUUAGGUCAUGAAACUAGUUCUUCAGCUGUUUGUCGCAAUCCGUCUGGUUUGGCAUCAAGACCAUUCUGUUUAAGUCUUAAAGGCAAUAAAGACAAUUUCUUAGAUAUAUCUAUGCAUUCAGAGUCUAAUCAUUUGGAAGAAUGGUAUUUAACCUCCUGUGAUCAAAUUCCUCAAUGUUCAAAAUCAACUAACAUCAGUGAUUAUCAUAAUUGGACUUUAGAUAAUGUAUCACUUCAAGCUUUGGAAAUAACAGAAGCUCAAUUACAGACAACUAUUGUAUGUUCAAUUGUUGGACUGAUACUUGCUUUGCUAAUUAUCGGUUGCAUAGUUUGGCUGAUAAAUCGUUGUUUUAGAAAAAAUAUUGAACAUUCGGAUUUACAUCUUUCUCAAUUAGAUUUUGACAAACCUCAAACUACAGGGGAUGAAAAUAGUUCUGAUGAAAAAGAAAAUGAAAAUCGACAAUUUUCUGAGCAUUAUUAUGAUUCAACUAGAAUUGACGAGGAGAAAUACUUGGAACGACGUAGAAAACUAUUAACUCGUCGACGUAGACUUAGACAACUCAAUCCAUGUUCUCAAUGUAUUUUUGGAUUAUAUUAUCGUAUUGUUGACUUCACACAUUCAUCUCGUACAACAAGUCAAUGUCAGUCAGAUUUUGCUAUUUCACAAUAUACUAAUGAUAACAACUUGUCCUCAGUACCUAAUCAAACUAAUGUGACUAAUGUACGGCAUAGUCGUUAUUUCUCAUCCUUAUGCCCAUGUUUCCGUUUAUCUAGUUUCCGCAAGAAAUUGAGGCAUGAUUCUUUCAAAAUGACUCAAUCUAUUCAUAGUUAUCCUGUACCUAAGAAUGUAAUGAUUGAUGAAGAAUUUGAGGCUAAUACAUUGGGAAUGCAAAUGGAUAAAUCGAUAGUUUAUGUAGCCAAUGUACCUGCUGUUAUUUCACCUCCUAAAACAAUCGAUUCUUCACCAAAUAUCUGUGUAAGCUGUGGAGUUUCUAGCAAUCUUUUAUUAAAUACAUGUACAUCUUGUUAUACUCAAAAUAAUCAAACUGGUGUUUCAUCUUCAAUCACUACUGAUCAUCAUCCUAUCAAUGGUGAGUCAAAUCAUCACAUGUCGAUUGAUGAUCAUGACGUGGUUGACCAUGAGUGCGUGCCAACUACUCUUGGCUUGAUAGAAUCAUCCUAUCAUUCAUUAUCAUCUGGUUCUGCUGAAUUAGGUUCUGCUAUAUUACCAGAAAAGUUAUUUAAUAUGGCCUCGAUGACUCAUUUGCUACAUCCAAAGUUUAAAUCAAUAUGUUAUCCUCGUAGUCGUCUGGUUGAAAUACGUUGUUUAGCUAAACGUGCAUUUGGUUGGAUCAUUUUAGUACAUGCUCCAAAUUUGAAUAAACUAGUUCAUAGAAGACGUCUCUUAAGUUUAACCACUUCAGAAAGACUUGGUCUAGAUUCUUCUAAUUCACAAGAAAAAGAAAAUACUUUUGACGUUCAAUCAUCUUCAGAAGAAUCAAACGAUUGUAUCGCCGUGGUGAAAAUGAUUCAAGGAGGUGCUAAUUUAAAAGCUGAAGCUAAUUUUCUUCGUGAAGCUGAAAUAUUGGUUGAAUUACAGCAUCGAAAUAUUAUCCAAUUGUUAGGCGUAUGUAUUCCAUUGGAACCACUUUCACUUCUUAUUGAAUAUAUGCCUUUUGGUGAUUUUUAUUCAUUUCUACGUCGCUAUGCCAAUGAAUCAUCAGGAUAUCACACAGCCAAUGGAGAAAUAAUCAAUUCAAUGAUUUAUAAAAAGGAUUCCGCUGAUCAAUAUCCUAGCAAAUUGAAUAUACAAAUUCUCAUUGAUAUGGUCAUUGAUGCUUGUGAAGCUAUGGUUUAUUUAAGUGAAGCAUAUUAUGUACAUAGAGAUGUAGCUACCAGAAGUUUUCUUGUUGGAAAAAAUUUAAUUAUUAAAUUAUCCGAUUUUUCAAUGUGUAGACCAAUUCAACCUGGUAUUGAUUUUAUUUCUACGCCUAAUGAAUGUUUACCAAUAAAAUGGUUACCGCUUGAAUCAAUUUUAGACGGGAAAUUUCAUACAGAUACUGAUGUUUGGUCUUUUGGAGUUCUUUUGUGGGAAGUUUUUAGUUUUGCUGUUGAACCAUUUACUGACCAAAGUCAUGCAGAAAUCAUUAAACUUUUGGAACAUGGUGGCCGUUUAACACGUCCGUUGGAAUGUCCUGACUCUGUUUACCAGUUAAUGCUUAAAUGUUGGUCAGCUGAUCGUACAGAACGUCCGAAAUUUGUCUAUGUACGAAACUGCCUAAAAGAAAUCUGUAAAGAUCUGAAAACAGUUUCACUUUGAAAUGAACUACCUCACUUUUUUUUUACUUAAAGAAAACCAAACAUGAUCAAUGAUUAUCAAAGUUUUUUAAAUCAUUUUUGCAACUACAUACUUGUUGUUUGCGUUUUUCUUUUUAAUUCGUAGCUUUCCAUAAUCUAACUACUAUUGUUAUAAUUUCUACUGUACAGUGUUUUCGUUUAAAUAUUAUGUAAAUUC